UUCCUCCAUUGAAAUCUAGCUAGCCAAAAUUUGCCGACGUGAAGUGGUGAACGAACCUCUCGCUCCACUCAAAUCAAUUUGGGGCCACGCAAACCGCCGCAUAUCCUCGCCCGCUCAUCAUGUCGUCCAAGGCCUCAUUGGGGGGCGUGGUAUCCAAGUUCAUGACAGAAUACGGGAGCAACACGGGCAAACGUCUCAAGAUCGUGGAUGCGUACCUGGUGUUCGUGUUCCUGACGGGCGUGAUGCAGUUCGUGUACUGCUGCUUGGUGGGCACGUUCCCGUUCAACGCCUUUUUGUCGGGAUUCAUCUCCUGCGUGGGAUCAUUCGUGUUGGCCGUCUGCCUGAGAUUGCAGGUAAACCCCCAGAACAAGAGUCAGUUUGAGACCAUCAGCCCGGAACGCGCCUUUGCCGACUUCAUCUUCGCCCACAUCAUUCUACAUUUGGUGGUCAUGAAUUUCUUGGGAUAACUCGUGUCUCUCUCCUGCGAAGGAAUGGCUCCUGAGCCUGAGAGGGAAAUGGUUUUCUUUAUUUGUGUGCGUGAUAUGAUAACUAUUAAACUUGAAGUUUUGUUUCUCAA